CUUGAAUUAUAAGAAACACAUGAGAACUUGGGUGAUAAAUGUUAUUUCAACCUGUCUACCAAACAACAAAAGUAGAGCCUUUUUAUGUUCUUCUACCUUUUCACUUUUUCCUUUAUUUACUAGCCUUUUUAUAAAAGCUAUUGUUAAAAUAAUAGUAGUAAUUAAAAGCCUUAAUUUUAGCAAUAUAAUAAUACAUUAUAAUAAUAAUAAUAAUAAUAAUAAUAAUAAUAUAAUACUACCUCUUUUUUUAAAUAAAUGUCGUUUUGACUUUUUUGAUUCAUCCAUUUCA